CUACUCACUGAGUAACGUUUGGCGGUUUCGGACGCAGCAGUGAUUUUAAUGAACGGACUUUUAUUUUGGUCUGGCGAGGUGACGCCAUAAGACUGCGCCGCGGUCCCGCGCCUGUGAUUCGACUGAAGAGAGACCUGAUGGCACUGAAAGAGGAGAGUCAAGAACUGAAUGAAACGAAAGAGAAAGAUCAGAAUGAGAAACAUCAUGAUUUCAAAACUGAAGAAAAAUCAAGUUGCUCACUGACUGAAAAGACGUCCUCACAAGCUCAAAAAACACAAACUACAAACCUUAAUUCCAACAUGAGAAUUCACACUGGAGAGAGACCUUAUACCUGCCAACAGUGUGGAAAGAGUUUCACACGGAAAAAAUACCUUACUGUCCACAUGAUCAUUCACUCUGGAGAGAAACCUUUCACCUGCCCUCAGUGUGGAAAGAGUUUCAGGAUUAAAGGAAACCUUAAGGCUCACAUGAGGAUUCACACUGGAGAGAAACCAUUCACCUGCGAACUGUGUGGGAAGAGUUUCUCAUCAAAUAACGGUCUUAAGGUUCACAUGAGAACUCACACUGGAGAGAAGCCAUUUGUAUGUGAUCAGUGUGGAAAGAGUUUUACAGAGAAAAACCUCCUUAAUGCCCACAUGAGAGUUCACACUGGAGAGAGUCCUUACACCUGCGAACUGUGUGGGAAGAGUUUCACAAGAAGUGGAGUUCUUAAGACUCACAUGAUAAUUCACAUGGAAAAGAAGCCAAUUAUAUGCCCUCAGUGCGGAAAGAGUUUUACACAGAAACACUGCCUUAAUACCCACAUGAUCAUUCACACUGGAGAGAGACCUUACACCUGCCCUCAGUGUGGAAAGAGUUUCAGGCACAAAGGAACCCUUAAGGUUCACAUUAGAGUUCACACUGGAGAGAAACCCUACACCUGCAAACUGUGUGUGAAGAGCUUCUCAUUAAAUAAAGGUCUAAAGUUUCACAUGAGAACUCACACGGGAGAGAAGCCAUUUGUAUGCGAUCAGUGUGGAAAGAGUUUUACGGAGAAAAAACUCCUUAAUGCCCACAUGAGAGUUCACACUGGAGAGAGUCCUUACACCUGCGAACUGUGUGGGAAGGGCUUCACACGUAAAGAAAACCUUAAAAACCACAUGAAGAUUCACUCAAGACAGAAAACUUUUAAUUGUCAUUAGUGCAAAAGGAGUUUCAUUGACAGGAAUCACCUUAAGAAUCAUUCAAAUUUUCAUCGGAAAAAGGCCUUUUAUGUGCCAUUACUGUGGAAAGAGUUUCACAAACAGUGCAAACCUUGAGAGUUCACACUGGAGAGAGACAUUGCUAGUGUCUUCAAUGUGAGAAGAGUUUGUCAAAGCAGCAUGAAACGUCAUUUGCAAACUCAUUCUGGAAAGAAAUGACCAUUUUCCCCAGAGUGACGAGGUUUAGAAAAAGGAGCAAUUUCUACAAUCAUCUGUGCAUUCAUUCUCAAAGAAAAUUCAGUUGUACUCAGUGCACUAAAAGUCAUGAUACCAUGUUUGUGUUCUUUGUUAAAGCAUAUAAUAAGGAAAACUGUCUGAUUGACACCAUGACUGCUUCUUUUACCUGCAUCCUCGACCUCUUUAUGUUUCACCAUGAGGCUUUUUAAUUUCUUUCGUGCAUAUGUAGUCCUGUGGCAUAGCUGAUUAGCUAUGUUUCCAUCCAUCUAUGGUUAUGAGCAUUUUGGGAUACUGCAUUUUAAAAAGUUAAACAGCAAACUAUUGGAGACUGUUCAAGGACAACAUGCUUUAUAGUAUGGAAAUAAGUGCAUAACAAAAGUCAACAUACAUAAAAUAUAUGAUUAAAUACUGUAUGUAAAAAUGUUUUUAGUUGUUUUACAUUUGAAUAUACUACAAAUAUAUUUUUAUAUAUUAAUAAUUUAGGGGUGCACAAGAAUCAAAAACAUAAAACAAGAUUAAUUUUAACUUAAUCUUAAAAUAUCUUCGCUUAUUUGGAACGAAUUUUCUAAGACAACAAACUU